AUGCCUUCUCUCGUUGGAAAAGAAAUUGGCCCCACGGGCUACGGCACCAUGGGCAUGACCUGGAGACCUCAACCUCCAACCCAGGAGGUAUGCUUUGAAACAUUGAACACUACCCUUGAGCUCGGAGCCAACUUCUGGAAUGGUGGCGAGCUUUACGGCACACCAGAGUACAACUCCUUGCAUCUCUUGAACAAGUACUUCACCAAGUACCCCGAGAACGCCGAGAAGGUUGUGCUCAGCAUCAAGGGCGGUUUGAAGAAGGGUCAGCUCGUUCCCGACUGCUCUGAGGCGAACAUUCGUCGCAGCGUAGACGAGUGUCUGCACCAGCUUGACGGCAAGAAGAGCAUUGAUAUCUUUGAAUGUGCGCGACAGGACCCGCAGGUCCCCGUCGAGCAAACGAUUGAGGUCCUUGCGAAAUAUGUGCAGGAAGGCAAGAUUGGAGGAAUUGGAUUGAGCGAGGUCGAUGCUGAUACUAUUCGUCGAGCACACAAGGUGCACCCGAUUGCCGCCGUGGAGGUUGAAAUGUCCAUGUGGUCAACCGACAUCCUAGAGAACGACAUUGCCAAAACUUGUGCCGAGCUGAACAUCCCCAUUGUCGCCUACUCACCUCUCGGCCGAGGUGUUCUCACUGGUGCUGUGACUUCACUGACCGAUAUCCCCGAGGGUGACUUCCGGCACCACCUGCCCCGUUUCAGUGAUGACAACUUCCAGAAGAACCUCAAGCUCAUCAACGAAGUCAAAGAGCUGGCUACUCGGAAGGGCAUUGCCCCUGCGCAAAUUGCACUCGCCUGGGUGCGCAGCCAGAGUGCCAAGCCUGGUAUGCCUACUAUUAUUCCGAUUCCCGGUGGUACUACGAAGGACAAGGUGGUUCAAAAUAUGGGUGGAGUGCAGGUAUUGACUGAUUCUGAGCUGGCUGAGAUUGAUGCUAUUUUGAAGGGAAAUGUGGUUGCCGGUGGUCGGUACUAG